AUGGAGUCCAUGCCGCGAAUAACCAAGAGCGGUUUGCAGCGCUCUACCUCUGAGACUGAGUUUGUCUAUACCAAGUUAAAGACCAUCAUCGGCUCCUACGUACUGCUAGAUCUCACGUUUAUCCUGACAGAAAAGGAUCCGUACUUCGCUGUCGGUCCGGAUCACUCUCAGCAGCUCCUACUAUCCUUUCAGGGCUUGCGGCCGUGGCUCCUCUUCGGUUAUCGGGAAAUCGUAUCGCUAAUAAUCUGCUUGAGCCAUAUCUCAUACGGGUAUAGCCUCAUCGAUCUGGCGCGGUAUUGGACGCUAACGACGCUAUUUCCCUCUCGAGGCGGAUUAUGGAUGCACUCAUCGACGUUUGGGUCCCUUUCCCAGAUCCUCGAUCGCGGCCUCUCCGGCUGGUGGGGCGCGUUCUGGCAUCAGACAUUCCGGGUCCCAUUCCUCGCCCCGGCAACGUUUCUGAUCAGAGAGGGCUACAUCGAGGCGGGUACGCCGGCGGCGGAGGCGAUGUCUCUGCUUGUGUCGUUUCUCCAGUCGGGCUUGCUCCACGCAUCGGGCAGUCUUUCGUCCGUAGCCAACACCAAGCCGUGGCAACCUCUACAAUUUUUCCUCCUCCAAGCAGUAGGCAUCGUUAUUCAGCGUGCCGCUGGCGAGCUGCUGCGGCCACGUCUCCCACCACUGCCAGAACGGCUGCGAAGGGGUGCCAACUUGGUGUUCACGGUGCUCUGGCUGCAUCUGACGGUAAUGCUAUACUUCGAUGAUGUCGCAUCCACGGGGUUGUGGGUGAAGCAGGCUGUUCCCGUCUCCCUGUUUCGAGGAUUUGGGGUGCGGUCUCCUAAGGAUCAUUGGUGGCGGGAGGAUGGCCAUAACCCUGCCUGGUGGCAGACCAUACCUGCUGCGGUAGUAGCGGUCUUUUUAGCGUCGGCUCUUUCCUACGUGUUCAUCUCGCCAGGAAAGCAUCCGGGGCCUGCACUGUAA